AUGGCGUUGCGAAAGAAUUUGGAACUGACAUUGAAGUGUACGCGAGAGUUUAUUCGUCAAACAAAUGCAGCUCAGAACUCAGACGUGGAAACGGCAAUACUUCCCAUGCCGGACGCACGCAGAGUGCAGCCUGAAACAAUUCCUACAGUGCAAGAAAUUCCUCGUGUUCCACCUCAUGCACUGCCGAUGAACAAUAAUUAUGUCAAGAAACUGGUUUUUGAUACAUUUGAUGCGAGCAAGCUGGAUAAAUUAAAGAGGAUCGCUGUACAAGAUCGUGAUGGAGAACAGAUGUAUUCAAUGCAUGAAGUUUUCAAUGAUAUUAUGCUGGAACCUUUUGCAUCAUUGGAGUGUGUGACAUACUCUUUUGUCUGCCACUUUUAUAUCAAGGUAGGUCUCUUCAAAUAA